AUGCGCUUCGAGUUCCCCGCUUCUAACAACGCGGCGGAGUACGAAGCACUCAUCGCUGGGCUCAAGUUGGCCAAGGAACUAGGAGUAAGGAACCUAAGGGCCUUCAGCGAUUCCCAGUUGGUCGUGAACCAAAUCUUGGGUGACUUCGAGGCCAAAGAGCCCACGAUGCAGGAGUAUCUUCGGAAAGUGUGGGAUCUCACUUCGACUCUGAGCUCCUUCCACAUCCAACACAUUGCCAGGUCGGAAAAUCUCGGAGCAGAUCAACUAUCAAAGCUGGCGUCCUCUCGCAUGAGCGAGCUUCCCAAAGCAGCAGCGCUGGAGUACCUCCAAAGACCCAGCACGGAGGAUCCCGAGCCAGCCUUUUGCAUUGAAGUUGAGCCGAGCUGGGUGGACGAGCUCAUUAGCUACUUGAGGGAUGAGGUCCUCCCCAGUGAUGAACGCGAGGCUCACCGAGUCAGGCGCCUGGCCGCUCGGUACAUAUUAUACGAAGGCAAGCUUUAUCGGAGGUCUUUUACCUCUCCCCUCCUCAGGUGCCUCCGCCCGACAGAGGCGGAUUACGCAAUGCGUGAAGUCCACGAGGGAAUUUGUUGA